AUGGCAGCUUCUACUAAUGUUCUAUGGAUGCUUUUAUCACUUUGUUUCAUGGAAGGCCUCCAGCUUGCUAGCAGUGUAACCUGCGUCAAGAGUGAAAGAAGAGCACUGAUAAAGUUCAAAAACGCCAUCAUAGAUGAAUCGAACCGGCUUGCAUCUUGGGAGGGAGAAGAUUGUUGUACCUGGAAAGGUGUAAGUUGCAACAACAAAACAGGCCAUGUUGAGCAGCUUCAUCUUCACAAUCCAGCUCCUUUUGAUUAUGACAGGGUGAACUAUGACACUAGCUAUGCGGCAAAUUAUAGCAGGACAUGCUUGGGGGGCGAGAUAAGCGAGUCUUUACUAGAUCUCGAGCAGUUGUUUUACCUGGACUUGAGCAUGAACAACUUUUCAGGAGCUCGGAUACCUAUGUUUUUAGGCUCCAUGAUAAGCCUCAGAUACCUUGACCUCUCGGUUGCCCGGUUUGGAGGGAAUGUCCCUCAUCAUCUAGGAAACCUCUCGGGGUUGCAGUACCUUGACCUCGGUGAUUUUUGGACCAACAGAUUGGCAGCUGAUAGUCUCGGGUGGGUAUCUAAGCUUUCAUCUUUGGAACAUUUGGACUUAUCAGGAGUCCAGCUUGGAGAGGCCGAGGACUGGUUGAGUGAAAUCAACAUGCUUCCUUCUCUUUCAUUAUUGAACUUGUCUAACAGUAAUGUUGGUAGGAUUCCUGCUCUUCCACAGGCGAAUUUCACAUCUCUUGUCUCGUUGGAUCUCCGGAAUAACAUUAUCAACUCUGUUUUACCUCUCUGGUUGUUCAACAUUUCUAGCCUAAAGCAUCUCAGGCUGGAUGGAAAUGGUUUCAAUGGAAGAAUUCCUGAUGUUUUGGGAUCGUUAACCUCCCUUACAGCCCUUGGUCUUUCUUCUAAUUUCUUCAAUACUUCCAUGCCUGAUUCCAUUUUUAACUUGACCAAUCUAAAGUAUUUGGACCUGUCCCAGAAUAAGUUCCAAGGAAAGAUACCAACAGCCAUUAACCGUCUUUGCAAGUUACAGUUCUUUGAUUUGUCUGAUAACAGAUUCACCGGAGAGAUGCCAGAGUUAGAAACAACACCAUUUCCCUGCUUCCAUGAUUUAGAGUAUCUUCGGCUUUCUUAUAACUCAAUGCAGGGUCCCAUCCCAACAUCUUUUGGAACAUUAUUGUCUUUGAGGGAGCUAGACAUUAGUAAUAAUCGGUUCAAUGGGAGCAUACCUUCUAGUCUAGGUCAAUUACUGAAGCUUGAGAAAUUGGAUGUCUCCAACAAUGCUUUAACUGGAGUGGUAUCUGAACUUCAUUUUUCUGAGCUGACGAGGUUAACUGAGUUGUCGAUGUCCCUGAACUCCCUGGUCUUCAACAUGAGCUCCCAGUGGAUUCCUCCUUUCCAGCUCAAGACUAUCAAACUUGCAUCCUGUGUUCUUGGACCUCAGCUUCCUCCUUGGCUUCAAACACAAAGGCUUGUUGAGGAGCUCAGAAUCUCUAAUACAGGCAUUGAUGAAAACUUGCCGGGCUGGUUUCAGAAACUGUAUUCCCGUGUUCACUAUUUGGAUCUUUCAACCAACAACAUCAGUGGGAAACUGCCAAAAUUUGAGGAGGGUAGCGUUCCAUACAGGCGGUUAAUACUGCAUUCUAACAAGUUUGAUGGACCCUUAACUCCCAUUCCCGCAGAUGUGCUUCUUUGGGAUGUGUCUGAUAACUUCCUAACUGGCAGUAUUCCUCUCCAGAAUGGCAUCAAUCUCACACUACAGGUUCUCAUACUCUCCAAUAACCAACUGGAUGGUGAGAUGCCAAUAUUUUUAUGUGAGGUUAAGGGAAUAAUGGUCAUCGAUCUCUCUUCAAACGAGUUAUCAGGUACACUGCCUAGAUGUUUAGGGGACCUGCAAGGAUUGGCAAUGCUUGACCUGACUAGCAACAAUCUGCAAGGUGAAAUACCAAGUUCCUUGGGUGCCUUAACAGGGCUCUUGUCUUUACAUCUGGGUGACAACAAAUUUUAUGGCAAGCUUCCUCCAUUGCAGAACAUAACAUAUCUGAGCAUCCUUGAUGUAGGAAAGAAUGAGCUCUCAGAUCCUAUCCCCCCAUGGAUUGGGGAAAACUUAUCUAAUCUUCAGUACUUGAGUCUCUUUUCAAACAAAUUCUAUGGCCAUAUUCCUCCACAGCUCUGUCAACUCCCAGGACUUCAACUGCUAGACUUAGCAGGGAACAAUCUUACAGGUGGAAUCCCUCCCUGUCUUGGUAAUCUUACUGGCAUGAUUGUGGAGCACAGUGCAAUUAUUCAUCCAACAGAGGAUGUAGAUUAUGGAGCAAAAGUUGAUGCUAUCGUGAAGGGGACGGAACGUCGAUAUACCAAAACACUGCCCUUUCUCACAUCCAUAGACCUUUCAGACAACAAACUAACCAGACAAAUUCCAGAAGAACUAAUGGAUCUUAAAGGUUUGUUGAACUUAAACUUAUCUGGGAAUUAUCUGAAAGGCAAGAUCCCUGGUAAGAUAGGCCAUUUGAAAGAACUAGAAUCCCUCGAUCUGUCAAGAAACCAACUUUCUGGCUCAAUUCCUCCAACCUUGUCCUCUUUAAACUUUCUAAGCUACUUGAACCUAUCCUUCAACAAUUUAUCAGGGAGAAUACCAACAGGAAAUCAGCUCCAGACCCUAAAUGAUGAAAGCAUAUAUAUGGGAAAUGAUGGACUUUGUGGAACACCACUGCUGAAACCAUGUCCUGGUGAUAAACGAGGUAAUGAUUCAGACACUCCAAACCAAGUCAAUGAGAACGAUGACACAGAUGAUUCUUUCUUCCCAUGGUUCUAUAUCGGCCUGGGACCAGGUUUCUUGAUUGGUUUGGUGGGAUUUUGUAGUGUUCUUCUGUUCAAAGAUUCUUGGAGGGUUGCCUACUUUCAUUACAUUGAAAGAGCCUGCAAGGCCAUAUUGGGCAUAACUGCAGCGCAAGCUCAUAGGCAGAGGACAAGGUUCCAUUAA